AUGGACGAGGCGUCCCUGGUCGUCGCGACCCGCGGGCCCCGGCUCCGCGAGGGCGCGGCCGUCGCGGAGGCGAAUGCCGACGGCGCGCGGCGCGGCAGGCGACGACGGGGGAGCGGCGGGUCGGCGGGCGGCGCCCCGAGCAGCGCGGAGGGCGGGGGCGACGACGAGAGCGCCGAGGGGAAGCUGAGCUCCGAGGACGGCGCCUCGGCGGGCGCUGAGGGCGCGAGCCGUGCACCAGCCGCGGCGAUCUGCACCUUCGUCAUGGUGAGCCUCAUCGUGCUCAGCGUCAUCGUGCUCAUCCUCAAGGAGACGCCGCCGUACAACCGGAACCGGCCCCUGAACAAGGCCAUGAACCAGAUGGAGGUCGUCUUCAACAUCAUCUUCACGACGGAGAUCAUGCUGCGCCUCUCCAUCGCGGAGACGAUCUGGCAGGCCGCGGAUCUGUACAUCGUCUUCGACAUCCUGAGCGUCAUGCCCUACUGGGUGGGCCUCUGCUUCAAAUACAAGCUCGUCGUCAACAAGCGGGGCCUGCGCUUCGACCGGGGCUCGGGCAACACGAAGAUGGUCAAGAAGGUCAAGGAGAUGUUCAAGGCGCUCCGCAUGCUCCGGCUGCUGAAGCUCACGCGGCGCUACGACGGGUCCAUCGUCAUCGUCCACGCCCUGCGCGACUCGAGCAGCGCGCUGGCGGCGCCCUUCUUCUUCCUCUUCGUCGCCGUGGUCAUGUGCGGCACCUUCCUCUUCGUCAUCGAGGACGGCAAGCCGACGGAGCGCGACGCGGAGAAGAAGUCGCAGCACUUCGGAUCCGUGGUCCACACGAUCUGGUUCAUGGUCGUGACCUUCCUGACCGUGGGCUUCGGCGACGUCUACCCCAUGACCGUCGAGGGCAAGAUCAUGACGGGCAUGGCCAUGUUCAUCGGCAUCUUCGACAUGGCGAUGAUCUACGCGAUCGUCGGCAACAACUUCUGCCGCGUCUGGGACGAGAAGGACAAGGUCAUCUUCGUCGAGAAGCUGAAGGAGCACUUCCAGGCCUUCUCCAUCAAGCGGGCGGACAUCGAGGACUCGUUCCGCGCGCUCGACAUGGACGGCUCCGGCAGUUUGGACUACGACGAGUUCCAGACGGCGCUGGUCAAGAUGGAGAUCAAGCUCAGCAGCCACCGCAUGUUCGCGUUGUGGAACGCCAUCGACUACGACCAGAAGGGCGAGAUCCGCCUCGAGGAGUUCGUGAACCUCGUCUUCAAGGACCAGGGCGGCGCGGAGCGCCUGCUCCUCGACGACAUCGAGGACGAGGAGGAGGGCGAAUCCCCCGAGCCCGAGCCCGAGCCGGAGAAGCCCCGGGGCACGCUGAGCACGCUCAACAGCAUCGGGCGCACGAUCCUCUACGCGACGGGCCGCGCGAGCCUCCAGCGGAACGCGGCCGUGACGCCCGAGGGCGAGAAGAAGGACGGCGACGACGCGCCGCCGGGCGGCGCGCAGUUCCCCGCGUCCGCGGCCGACGCCGCGCGCAUCGAGCGCGAGGACACGAAAUCGGACCUGGACCACGAGUCGUCCGACUUCCGGCGGCCGGGCUACGGCGCGCCCGACGGGUCCACGGACGUCGUCGACCUGCGGCGACGACCGCGGCCGCACCCGAACCUGAGCGCGCUCGCGAACCAGAUCGCCAGCGAGCUCAAGGUCGUGGCGCGGGACCAGGCGGCGUUGAGCCGCGCCCACGACGUACUCUCGCUCAAGAUGCACACGCUGGUCUCGAGCCCCGCGCCGUCGGGCGGCGGCGCGCCGCCCGCGCUCAAGGCCGGCCCCAUCAGCCCGCGGUCCCUGAGCCCGCGACGGUCCGUCGUCGACCGCGAGUGCGUCGCCGCGAAGCGGGCGCUGAACGUCGUCGCCGACGAGCUGCUCGCGCACUGCGCGACGCUGGAGCGCGACGACCUCGCCGCGCAGAUCCGGCGCAUCGUGUCGGCGCUGGGGCGGCCCGCGGGCGCGGAUCCGUCGCAGGGGAACUCGGACCUCGCCUCCGUCUCCACGAGCUAG